AUGGAGGAGAUAUCGGUAGCAACUGAGAAUAAAAAUCCAACCACGCAGACCACAUCAACGCAAGAUGUGGACUACAUCCAAGAAGAUGUGCAGGCGCGCGUAUCGAAGCCAAUUUGGAUUCUAAUCAUUCUUACCAUCCUCUCGUCGACUUUCUUGUUUUCGCUGGAUAAUACCAUCGUCGCCGAUGUUCAGUCGCCUAUUGUGGAUCGAUUUGGCGAGGUCGAAAAGCUUACCUGGCUGGGAGUUGCUUUUGUCCUGUCAUCCUCGGCUACAGUCAUUACCUGGGGCAAGCUUUAUGGCAUCUUCAGUUCGAAAUGGGUUUACAUCACUUCUGUCGUUAUCUUCGAGGCCGGCAGUGCUCUUUGCGGCGGGGCCCCAAACAUGAAUGCCUUUAUUGUCGGGCGUGCUAUCGCGGGUCUUGGUGGUGCCGGUAUGUACCUGGGCUGUCUGACUUUGCUGGCGGUCACUACUUCCGUCCGCCAGCGACCGGCCUACAUGGCUCUUACCGGAAUCACAUGGGGAUGUGGUACAGUAUUGGGUCCAGUUGUCGGCGGUGCAUUCGCUGAAAAUCCACAUGCAACAUGGCGAUGGGCUUUUUACAUCAAUCUGUGUAUCGGUGCAGCUUUUGCUCCCGUGUACUUUUUUUGGUUACCUCGUGCUGACCCCCAGUUCGCCGUUCCAUUGAAGCGCAAACUCUGCCAAGUGGACUAUCUAGGCGCCGUUCUCAAUGCCGGUGGCUUCACAGCCCUGAUCAUGGCAAUCAAUUUCGGAGGAAAUCUUUAUUCUUGGGGCGCAGGCCAAGAAAUUGCCCUGUGGGUUGUUGCGGGAGUGCUGCUUCUCGUCUUCAGUCUCCAGCAGCUGUUCUGGAUUGGCACCUCGCGACACGAACGAAUCUUUCCAGCAGACUUUCUUCGAGCCCCAAUUAUGUGGCUUUUGUUUGUUCUCAUGUGCUGUGCAGCAACUUGUGUGUUUAUUCCUACCUAUUAUAUCCCCAUCUACUGUCAGUUUGUCAAAGGGGAUUCUCCCCUUACUUCUGCAGUGAGACUGCUUCCAUUCAUCAUCCUUAUGGUAUUCGCUGGACUUUUGAAUGGUGCCUUGAUGACGAAGCUAGGAUACUACAUGCCAUGGUACCUGGUGGGCGGUAUUCUCACAAGUAUUGGAGGUGGUUUGAUGAGCACCAUCGAUGAAAACAGUUCUCUUUCUCAUGUUUACGGAUACUCUGCCAUGGUUGGAAUUGGUGCGGGCAUGUUCAUCCAAACAGGAUUCUCCGUGGCGCAGGCUAAGGUUUCUGCUUUGCGUGUCUCGGAUGCUGUAUCUUUUAUUGCUCUUGCUCAAAAUCUCGGAAUUGUCCUUGCUCUGGCAAUCUCGGGGGCGGUGUUCCAGAACCAAGCCCUUGAUAGCCUUCAGCAAGUGUUGCCAGGACUCCCGCGUGAAGAAUUGCGAAGUGCAAUUUCUGGAUCGAACAGCCAGAUGAUUGGGAAUUUGCCGGUCGAGACUCAGGCUAAAGUCAUCCACGCCAUUGUCCAUGCAAUGUCACAUACGUACUACCUGGUGGUCGCUGUAGGCGUGCUGACAGCGGUUGGGUCAGUCUUUAUGAAGGUGGAGCGAAUCUUUAUCCAAUCUGCCCACGUGGGUUAG